AUGGUCAGGGAAACUUGUAAUUGUGGAAGACAAACACUACUGAUGACAUCAUGGACAGACACAAACCCAGGAAGACGAUUUGUGCAAUGUCCUCAGUAUAAGGUUGAUCCUGAGAUGUGUCAAAGGUCUAAAGAAAUAAUACCUGGAUUGUUAUGGUCCAAGAACAAGAUUGCAGCUGAGGUCGAGACGUGGAAGGAGAUGACCAAGGUACAGCAAGGAAAUGCGAGGAGGUUGAAGAUGUACUUGAUGCUUCAUUGGGGUGUCAUUUUCCUGUGGCUCUUUUUCUUCAAAUCUGGGGCAAAAGGUGAAAAUGAAGUUGGAGAAGAAGCUGCCCUAUGA